CAACUAACGGUUACUUAAUCGCCAUCACAAUGAUAGAAUAUCCUUGGGUCACCCCUUUUCUAACGGCAAGUUUGAACAUUGACGGAUAUGUUAGGUAUCUCUUGGAGUCGUGCUUCGUUCGCCCCGGCUUAAUUCCGAUAAGCUGGGAUCAUGGCUGAUCUCCUCAAGAGCUUGGUAAUAAUACUAUCACUUCGGCAUAUGUUCGCGCGGUUUACAGGCGUGGUCUAUUAUAAAACCGGAAUCUGGGGAACUACCCCGCGUUAACGAGUAGCGCGCCCACAUACUUACCACCUAUAGUCUAGUUAAGAGGCAGAUAGUGUCUGCUUUGUGGGGUAGUAUGGGGAGUUCAAGCGAUAAUGCGGAGAAAUCGGCUAUCUACCUCUAUAGCUGUAGAGGGAGGAGACGCUCAUCGUAUGGUGCUUGAUAGCUGGUCGCAUUACCUUAUAAAGAGGACGUAGUUUAUCUACCUACAUUGGGUCUUUCAAUAUGUCUCAACCUUCUUCAAGCAACCCCUCCACGAUAUAUCGAACUGGAGAACAUGGAAAAAGUCGAGCCUCCCCAGUACCUCGAGGGCAAUAUCGAAGAGGGGAAAGCCGACAAGUCUCUUCAAGAGACCAAUAAUGGAGAGUUUGAUCACAGCCGCAGCAAGCUCUUAAACCGACGCCUCGACAUCCGGAUACUCCCACUAUGUUGUUGGUUAUAUCUACUCAACUUUCUAGACAGGGGAAAUAUAGGUAAUGCGAGGGUAUUAAAUCAAGAGACCGGAGAUGAUCUUCUUCACAAGACAGGGAUGUCAAGUAACGGAUAUGCUCUUACCGUAACCUUGUUUUCUGUGGCAUAUACCUUGUUUGAAGUACCCUCCAAUUGGGUUAUGAAACAUUACGUAGCCCCCUCUAGGUGGCUAGCCAUACUGUUGGGAAGUUGGGGACUUUUGACUCUGGGGUUUGCUUUUGUUAGGAAUUAUGCCACGGUUCUGGCGUUGCGCCUGCUCAUAGGCGUGUUCGAGGCUGGCUUCUUCCCCGGCAUUGUCUACCUUAUAACGAUCUGGUAUCGCCAUAAUGAGCGAGCUGUUAGAAUAGCUUUCGUCAUCGCCUUUUGUAACCUGGCUGGAGCUUUCGGGGGAGCCAUCGCCUAUGGUAUGGGCACUAUAAACGGCUCAGCUGGAGUCGAGGGGUUUCGCUGGCUCUUCAUAGUCGAGGGUAUCAUCACUAUUUUAAGCGUGCUACCGACACUGCUACUCCUACCAGACUACCCAGCCCGUGCCAAGUUUCUCAGCGCAGAAGAGAAGAGGUUUGCAGAAGAUCGCCUAAAAGACCGGGGUGGCGGAUGGAAUAGAGAGCAUGCUACGCGGAAGGAGAUCUUGGAGACGUUUUUCAGUCCGCGGAUGCUGGCCCACUACCUUGCCUAUGUGGCUAACGUAGUGACCCAAGGCUCAUUCACCUUUUUCGCCCCAACUAUUGUGUCCGGUCUGGGCUAUCAGAGUAUACAUGCCCAGCUAAUGACAGUCCCACCGUGGGUUGUCGGGUUCGUGGUAGCCAUCGCGCUUUCUUACUCUGCAGAUCGGUUCGAAGCUCGUGGUUUUCAUAUCACCGCAAUUUCAACAAUCGGCGGCUUAGGCUGGCUCAUAGCUGGAUUGCUACCGCCGACUGCGUACGUAAAACGAUAUGGCUGUCUUUGCAUGGCAGCAGCCGGAGCCUUCCCAGCUGCGCCGUCGAUGACUAACUGGGUAACAUGCAACACGCCGAGCUUGCUGACAAUCCCAUUCGCAAUCGCCCUACAUAAUUCAUGCGCUGGAAUAGGACAGAUUAUCUCACAGUGGAUAUGGAAAGUAGAUGAAGCAAGGCUGGGAUAUCCAACUGGGAAUUUCGUGUGCGCAGCGUGUAACUUUCUUGUGGCGAUAAUAGCGCUUUGCUUGAGGCUGUAUUAUUCGAGAAUGAACAGGAAGGGGGUGAAAGAUGCACAGGGAGAGGCGAGAGUCUGGGCUUACUAACCUAGUGGCUGUGAAUGAAAUGAUUUUGAGACGGCGGCGGAUAGGGAUCUUUACGAGAAGUUUAGAGAUUAGUGAGAGGAAACAAGUCGAUAUGAUAUUUCGGUAUUAUUUUGACUUUACUUCUUGUAUAUACUGACCGUCAUACUGCAGGGAAGCGACAACAUUUGCUGCCGCAGUCGUGGUUAUCAAUAGAUGCCAUCAUUUACGUACCUGGUACUAGCCACAAUGAAGAUGACACUGGGAAGGCUUCUGGCAUCCAAGAGAAAACUGAUCAAAAUAUUUUGAUUCUGGAAAAGCAUCCCAUCUUAACCAAUUAAGCUAAGGAGAACUGAC